UCGAAAAGCCCUAAACAUUCAGAUUGUGUCAUCGCUAGUUGUCUUCUUCCCCAAGAACACUCUAAAACCCUACAAUUAUUUAAGAGUGAUAGUGCAAAAGAGACAGGUGUGUCUUACACAAUUCCGAUUCGUGGAUCAAAAAUGGCUUUGACGAACUUCAUUCUGACAGUGGCCGGAGUGGGCGCGGUGAUACUUUUGCUGAGGAGCGACGUGAAACAGAGUGCUACGAUCUUCAAGAGAAACGUUCGUCAGAUUCGUCACUGGCUCGAAGAAGAGUCUGCCUCUGCCGCCAAGGAAAUGGGGAAGGCAAAACCGAAGGAGUUGCCCAAGAAAGAUAUUCCUAAGGACGAUUAGAAAAAAAGGGAAAUGGAGAAGGCAAAAAACCGAAGGAGUUAUUAUUUUUCUUUCCUCAUGAUGGAGGAGGUUCAUAUGGUAGAACUGGACACUCUUCCAUUUUCUUUUAGAUUUGACUGUCUAUUUUGUAUAAAGUUGUGAUGGAUUUCAAAUUUUAAAUUCAGAAAGUAACUCCACAAUUUUGUUUCUCCUA